AGAACCUCUACGCGCCAUGUCACACACUUCAAGUACUACAAAGCUUUCCGACGAAGUUUGCCACAUAUUGGACGAGUUCCGACGAGCGCUACACGACAAUGCCGAGCGGCCUUACUGGACUCCGACUCCCGAGAAAGGCGAAAAGAGUACGACGCCUGCAUGGCGCGAGCAUGUCGCACAAUUGGAGCUCAUAUCAAUUGGGGGCUUUUAUCACUCACCUGCUAAACCCGCGUUGGCACACAACACCCACGCCCAUACCAGCAAACAGGUGAACGCAACUAUCGAGUCCAACAUCGCCCACGUAUUUCGAAAGGGUGAACCUACAUUUCUCAUCAAUGCAAACGGAUCCGGCAAGACAGCUCUCCUCUUGCAGGGCCUGCGCAAGCACUGGGGGUUUUAUCUGACUCCGUUCUCAGGCGAGUUUGGAAGCGCCGAUCUACGCGAGUUUGUACUUGAAUACAGCUCCUUGUGCGGGCCGCGCCACUCUAUUCCGCACGUGGAGAAGCUAUUCCAGAGACUCAUAAUGGCCCACUUGCUGCUCCUUCACGCCUUCGCAGGAACGGUCGGUGUGACGCUUCCAGUCGACAAGGCGCGAGAUCUCUGGACCAGCGUACAAAUUUCCUCUCAAUAUGGUUCGGACUUUCCACUGCGCCUUUGGAAAGCCUUGGAUGAGCAUAUGCGUUUUACGUGGGACCGCGAGGAGACCAUCAUGCGCGAUAUUGUCUCUAGCCUGCGGGGACUCCUGGGGAACGAUGACUUCCAAUUGUUCUGCGUCUUCGACAACAGUGACUUUUGCCAAAACAGGUACAUAUGGGGAGUCGACAUCGAUAACAAGGAGGAUUGGAAAAACGUAAUCUCAUUUUUCGGCGACGCCUGCAAUGCGUUGCCGUGGCUGACGCCCAUCUUUUCGGGCGCUUGCUGGGGAGUUCCAAGUAGCGUCAAGUCUUCAAUCACAGUUGUCUCCAGCACCGGAGCCUCGAGCCCCGAGCAUGUUCGCGCCUUCCUACGCUCUUAUCUCCCUCCGUCAUUCGUAACCUCUGACGCAGGACAAUUGCUACUGGAGCGCGCAGGAGCUUGGCUUCGUGGACGUCACAAAUUCGCUGCUGAAUUUGUGCAGUUCUUCCUGAAAGGCGCGCCAAUGACCGUGGUUGAUGCCCCUCACACGUACUUGCAUCGAUUCCUGCAUAGUCAAGUCCACUUCAUUCCUCAAGACGACGUUGAGCUGGUGGUCGACAAGGGCACGGACAGAGACUUUCUUUGGAUGACGUCCACUUUCGAGCAGGGCACCCGAGAAAGACACUUCAACGGAAGUCCUCAAGCGCGUGCUAUUCUACAUCAUAUCCUCUACCAAUACCUGGUCCUCGGGCACUCCAAAAGUGCCACUCUGGGCCCCGACUUUAGCUGGCUCGUCUACAGUGGCCUCGGGUACUUCGCCGAUGACAAUGCCCACAAGCUCAUCUAUAAUUCCGACCAGCCCGCCUUCGCGAGCGCGCGUGAGCACGCCAUUCUGCUCCUCUCGCGGAUCUUUGCCACACCCCGCGGGCCUGCUGAGGCAUUCAUCUUCCCCGGAGAAGAGGCCCCAGAGUGGGCGAACCGGUAUGCGGACCUCGUCGAGUUGAGAUCGGGCGUAUGGGACAACGGCGAAGCCAGGUAUCGCACUGCUCGACACGCUGAUUAUCCGGCAUCUGCGGUGCUGCCUCUCGCCACGGACGGAACGUCUUAUGCCACAGCGCUGUCCUGGCUCCGGCACGAGCACGAGACUGCGUUCUGCCUGCUGCCGGACCCGACGGCAUUCAUCUUCGCGCUGCGGCGGUUUGACGGCGACUAUCUUUGGGUCAUUGUGCGCGUCGGACCCUCUGGACACUGCGGUCCGCAUAAAGGUGGAGUUGGCAGAUACUUCGUGGGCGAAGACAAGGCUGCCGAUACGUCCGAAGCGCUUGCCCUCCUGGCCACCCUCCCGAACCCCUGCAAAGCGCUCGGCGACCUCCCCGUGCUCGAAGUUGCAAUGCCGAACCCCGACGCGAACGCUCUCAACCGCCUCGAGCGAAUCGAUGAUCACCGAUGGGAGAUGUACACGCUUCAUGGCCCGCCUUCCUUGCCCAAGCCCGUGCAUUACCGCACGGUCACCGUCAACCCCACCCUCGUCCAGUUCACUGAAGCGGUGCUGGAGGAGGCAACGCUGACCGAACGGGAAAAAAACAGGUCCUGGAUUCUGUCUCGCAUGGUGGCUAACAUUGUCGGCGAGACGAGCAUAUCGCCCGACAGGCACGGGCGGCGGAGGAAGGUGGUCUCGGGACUUUCUCAAUGUUACGCGAGGGAAAGUGCACGUUCUCCCUCGCAAUCUGGCGCGCAGGCAGCGGAGCCAGACGACUUGAAGGAUGCGAACCCUGUCUCCGCAGCAAGUGCUUCAAAGCGCAAAAGAUCGGAAUCUUCCCGUUCGGGGUCAGACUCGACGUCGGAUGUUCUUGAUGAAUUGCCGCCCUCUAGUAAACGAUCCAAGGUUGAUUGACAUUCGCCUGAUACGCCAUACUUAAGCGUGCUUUCUGAUUCAAUGAGGAUCAUCAUGCACAUCACCGUCGAUAGCGUACUACUGUGCUUCAUACAAAGAAUACGAUUUCACUUGGAAAAAUACUGCGUAGUUUGGCUUGACGCGCUGGCUCGGUAUUGACCGACAGUAAGCUUUGUCAAUGCGAAGUGCCUCGCUCACUAUGGCGGCUGUACGUCUACCGUGGAUUUCAGUCUCACAGGCAAGUAGCAGGUGACGUACCGCAAGGUAUUGUCAUGGUAGUGGGAGAUUCAUGCA